AUGAUCGGGUUGCCCAAGAUUUUAGGUGCCACCAUCAUAGUUGCUCCAACAGAGACAAACGGGAAUGGUGUUGUGUUGUCGAUCUUCUCACCUUGUCCUACGUCCCCUAACCAACCGUCCCAAAACACUAUCGUGACCUUGACCUGUGUCUGCACACUCGACCAGACGGAACUUCGCCUUUCGCAGAUUCUAAGACACAUGCAGAACCACACUGUACGGGACGUUGCAGCGGAUUCUCCUGGUUCUCCGACGGCACUUCCUGAUGUGUCCUUAUGCCAUAUCGGCCUUGGACACGGUGUUACAUGUGAAGGUCUUUGGCACAUGACACUCCUAUUCGCACUAUUGCUAAAUCCUUUACUUGCUAGCAUGCAAAUUCAAAGUGCAAUCCCAGAAACACUUAUGACUCUUAGGAGCAAUCCAGUCGCCCUACAUGACCAGGUGUGUUUAUCCUCUCUUUUCUUGAAACGAUGUCUUGCAUAUGGUAUUUUCGCCACGAAACCCUGGCGUAUCGGAUCUCAGGGGGGCUCCCUCGACUAA